UGGAACGAAUGAGAGAAUAGCAGAAUGGGACAUGUGGAACGAAUGACAGAGAAGCAGAUUGGGACACGGAAACCGUGUGGCCCACUGUCUUCGACAUGCGUUCCCGCUGUCCCCACCGCUUGCGACACGCGGCACGAAAUGAUGAUAAUGAUAAUGAUGGUGAUGACGACAUUGAUGUUGAUGUUGAUGUUGUUGACGAUGUUCAUCAUGAUGACGAUGUUGGUGAUGAUGACGGUGGUGAUGUUGAUCAGGACAACGAUGGUGCUGAUGAUGAUGGCGAACAUCAUCAACAUCAUCAGCGGCAUUGUCGCCGUCAUAAAAAGCACCACCAUCGUCGCCUUCGUCAUCGUCGUCAUCAUCAACAACAUCAUCAUCAUCGUUAUCAUCGUCGUCAUCAUUUUCGUUAUCAUCAUCAGCAUUAUCAUCAUCAUCAUCAUCGUCGUCGUCAGCAUCUGCGUCAUCAUCAUCAACAUCAUCGUCGUCAUCGUCGUCAUCAACACGACGAUGAUGACGAUGAUGUCGAUGAUGAUGAUGAUGACGAAGAUGAUGACGACGACGAUGAUGAUGAUGAUGAUGAUGAUGAUGAUGAUGAUGAUGACGAAGAUGAUGACGACGGUGAUAACGAUGAUGAUUAUGCUGUUGAUGAUGACGACGAUGACGAAGGCGAUGAUGGUGGUGAUUUUUAUGACGGCGAUGAUGCCGCUGAUGAUGUUGGUGAUGUUGAUGACGUUGACAAUGUUGAUGAUGAUGUUGUUGAUGAUGAUGAUGAUGUUGAUGAUGAUGAUGAUGAUGAUGAUGAUGAGGUUGACAAUGAUGAUGAGGUUGAUGAUGAUGAUGAUGAUGAUGAUGAUGAUGACGACGAUAAUGAUGGUGGUGAUGAUGGUGGUGAUGAUGAUGGCGAUGAUGAUGAUGAUGACGAUGAUGUUGGUGGUGAUGAUGAUGGUGAUGACGAUGGUGAUGACGAUGGCGAUGAUGAUGAUGAUGAUGAUGGCAAGCAAGAAUCAUGGGGCCCCUCGAUGUCUUCUUCAAAGGGCGAGGUAGAGGCAACGGGGACCUCCGGGAAGACAUCUGGAAAAGAUUCCACGAGGAGGUCGUUUACUGCCGAGAAAGGGUGGUCGAACCAUUCAAAGUCGAAAUGGUUCAUCGACUGGUGUUGUGGAGACGCUUCCAACCCCACUGCGCAACCAUGUGGUCCUGUCAUCUUCGUCGAUGACGGCAAAAGGCGUCGAGUGCUUGGGGCCGUCUUGGGGUGGGAGGACGCGAAGGGGGGCCGGCGACAUUUCAGUAUGGAAAAGGUUUAUGGCUCCAAAGGCAACGUCGUUGCCAAUUCGAAAGGGGUGUUGUUGGACCUCGAAUUGUGUGAGGGGUUCGGAGCGGGUGCUGUGGACACCCCGUCCUACAGAGAACUCGUUCUCGUGGGUGGUUUUGUUUUGGCACGUGAGUUUUUCGACAAGCUGGAGGACAAGAACAUCGUUCUCGACGUCCCCUGCGACGUCAGCCCCUCCCUGGAGCUCUCGUCGCCAUUCAGGCCGUGUGGCGGUUGUGAGUCAAGCGGGGUGGCGGCGGAGGGCGAUGAUCUGGGUUCUGGUCCGGCUACUCAGCUGCACCGUGGCGAGAGCCGGGGACAGUUCGACGACAGCGAGGACGAGGGGCCUGCAGCGCCGUUGAGGGACAAGCGGCGGUCGGUGUUGUCUAUUCCAGGGGUCGACAUUGGAGAUCCGGUUCGACGGGAGAGUGCGGAACCUACAGAAAAGGUGUCAGCCUCUUCGGAGGUCGACUUGGAGGCGAGCGAGGGCCAGAGUGUGGAUGAGGUGACCGCGGGCGGUCUGGGCACGCAAGGCACUCCGCAAAAGAGGCCUCCAAUCGUCGUCGACGCCGGGUACUUCCUCGAGUACAAAGACGACGUUCGGACAAAGAGGGAGUUCGAGGUUAGCCCUGCGCAGGUCGUUGACCUCGGAGAGUGGGAGGACCUGUACAACCAGCGGUCCCUGGAUCCCAUGCUCGUGGAAGGGAUCAAAGAAGCGAUGCGGUUGGCGUUCGAAAACAAAGCGCAGUCUUACGAUUUGCCUACCCUGAAGCUGGCACCGCUGGGGCUUGAUAAGCCAACUUCGGGGACCAAGGCAGAACGUCUGAGGCCGGAGGAAUGGAGGAAUGAGCUGGCGGGGCAAUACUACUACUACGCGGUGUGUGGGCAGCACAACGUGGCUGCAGCGAGGUUGCUGCUCGGCAGUGAGGUGGCCAGGAAAUAUAAUUUCGAGCGGUGGCCUGCACGAAUGUUCUACUUUUCGGACGACGACUUCGAAGGGUACUUCCUUGUCAAUCAGAAGGGCGACGACGCCAUCAGGAAGCAAGGCGCUGCCCUACGUUCCUAUUUCCCGCUGGCGAUGGCAGGGGAGAACGUAUGGAAACUGGCCGUUGACUUUUUUGAUAAAUGGGAGACUGGUAGAUUGCUCGGCCACGAUGGCGCAAAGUGGAUCAUGUGGAAGAUGAAGGUAAAAAAUGUGAAGCCCGGGGUUGCCUACGUCGAGAAAGACGAGACGGGCAGGAAAGAGGUCGUGUACAACAACCCUGUGGACCCGCCGACAAAGAAAGGCAAAAAGGAGAAAGAGGAGAGCGACUGGUUCGUGCAAGUGCCUGAGCCAGACGCACAUUGUUGGAAAUCGAUGGAGUCGCUGACCGACAACGAGAAGUGCUGCGUGCUGAAGAGGGUUCUCGCUUGCGAGGUGGUUUGGGUCCAGGCCGGCUCUGCGGCGUUAGCGAAGCUCGGGAAGCUGAGCGUCCAGGACAUGGUUCAUUUGGUGAAGUGUGACCGGUUGCUGGUGCGUCUAUGGAACUACUACCAGUUCCAGCACGAGAAGAGGUCGGACGCGGAUUGGAGCCAGAGGUGCCCGUUCCUGAAAACAAGGUCCGCAAUUUUCAAACAGUUUGAGAGUCGUGGUUUGGAUGCAGAGUUGUGGGACGGGAGCACGAAAUACGUCGCUGACUCCUCGUUGUUCAAGGACUGCCCGCCUUACAUGGGCUGCGACGACGACCAAUCAAUCGAGGCAACGGAGAAGUUGGCCGGUCACAAGAAGCUGUCCGUCAACUGGAGGAAUAAGGUCCUGUCCGUUUUGACUGGCAAUAGACUGAACAGUCGCGAGAUCGUGGUUGCCGAAGGAAUUGUGCACAUAAAAGGGAAAGACACAGGUGACGUGACAUCCAUCGCGCCAUUUGGCAACGAUCCCUUGGAGACAGACAUAAGGUGUGCGGAGGUGAAGGAGGCGGUAGUUGCCACAAAGAGUCACACGUUCGUCCUCGAUCUCUGCGAACCGGUGGACUUGAAGCUGUGGAAACCGCAAGCAUUCGACACUCUGGAUUCCCAACUUCAGACGUGGUGCGACGAUUUGCGCGCUAACACGUCCGUCGUCUACGAGGGGAAAUUGUUGCCUGCCGCCGCUGCUGCAGUGCGGCUGCCGCAGAAGGUUAUGCAAACGGAUGUGUCCGACAUCCCGUUCAACCCUUGCGAUUGGUCGCAUGUCUCGCCUACGCGUCAGGGCAGUGUGUACGGGGACAUGGAACGCAACCCCGCGCAAUUCGUUAAUCUUCUCGAGUCCGUCACCAAGAAGGGGGAGGGUGUAUGCUUCCUCGGGAAGCCACACCUGCGAUCCGUGUGGGAACUGGUGAAGGCAGGACGGCACGUCAUCGCAAUGGAAGGGAAAUCCGAGCUCUUGCAAUUUACAAUUGAUCUCGUCAAGAGCGAAGUCAAUUCGGGUGCCCACAUUUGCGAGUUCAUGAUCAUCAACGAGUCUCGCCCUCGCGCGUGGAACAGCAAGACGGACAUGUGGUUCAAGUUGAGUGCGAGGAAGCGAAACAAGAUAUACGACUUCUUGUUCCUGCAAACGCAGCCCAAGAGAGACACUGACGCCGAGUACGUGCGCCGCAAGGAUCACAUGUUCACGCUGCUCGACCACUACCACGACGCCUCCCGCAUGAACGCAAAGACCUUCCUCGAGAGGUUGCAGUCCCUGUACUUCGUGGAGUCGGAGGAGUUGACGUUCAGCAGUUACUCCUCCUUGAUCUCCACGGAAGACGAGGAGACCACCGGCAUCAAGUUAGACGCGACCGCGAACGAGGAGGGCAGCGACACCGAAAGCCUCGACCUGUAGGUCCCGGGGACCGGACGGUGGGGAGAACGAGGGCGACGAGGCUGGUGGCGGCAAAGGAGUCCCGCCUGGUUCGGAGGCGGGUCUCAGGGCGACACCACGACAGCGGAAGGCAGUGGCGAGGUGGCGGGGGAGGCCUUCGGGCGUCAGCAGUCUACACAGUCAGCGAACGUGCCCACUUCAUCCGCCGGCUCGGUGAUGGCGGCCUUGGUUGCUCUCCAUGCCGGCUCGGUCGAAACGUUCAAGUCCGCCAGGAUCCGAACUUCAAUGCUUGCAGAGCGGACGAAGAGGACGGACGCGCAGAGCUUGUCAGUAGUGGGGGUGGCGAGUCGUGAUCCCAAAAUGGACAGCGGUGCGGUGAGGGACGGGACUGCGCCGCCUGCGGGGGACCGCCAACCGCUUCGGUCGGAGCGAGAGGGUAGGCCCGACGACAGGGAGACGGCGAAGUUCGCCGGGAUCCGAACUUCUUCAGGCAAGAGGGGCCAACCAGGGAUUGUCGUGCCGGCGGGAGGGGCUGCGUGCGGCGAGCGGGAAGGGCAUUCGUCGAAAUUCGACACGGGUUCGGGCCAAGUGGCUGGAUUGCAUGCACGAGAAGAAGGCAAGGUGAUGAACAAAGAGAAGGAAGGGGAGGAAAGAGAUACAGGGGAGGAAUUGGAGGAAGGAGGGGAUGAAGGGGAGGAAGAAGAGGAGGAACGGGAGGAAGGAGAGGAAGGGGAAGAAACGGAGUUGGUUGGAUUGCUAGGAGGGAAUGACGGGGAAAAAGGUGAACUCGAUACUGGAGACGACGAACGGACGUUCGGCGACGACGAUGACAGAUCUGGAGAGUCGUCUGACGGAUUCGGACAGCUGUACGGAGAACAUCACGAGGAAGACGACGACGACGAUGACACGGCACUGGGUAUGGAGACACAGGUGGUCACAAGCCUUUCGGCAGAACGUGAUGACUAUGAGGUCGAAGCAAUGACGUUUGUCGUCGAUCUCCAACAACGGUUCAACAACGCUAGUGUUGCGGUCAGCCUGAAUAAACCGAGUGUGCGUAUUGACAUCGAAGAAGUUAUCGACGGCAUCCUGGGCGACCACCACAUGUCCACGCAGCCGUCCUCUACGCCUAGUGUCGACGACCCUCUCGACGUCAAACCUUCCGGGGGAUCUGUCGUGGCUUUGUCGCCGGCGAACUCUCCGAUGCUGCCGCCGACCAUCGCCAGCGGAGGAGAAGGCGAGAUCGGGGGACGACAAGACGUCACCUCCCCGAAAAAAACUGUCGCCGGCACUCGAGCUCUCGACGUGCUGGCCUUGCCCGCGCCAACUUCGCCGAUUAAGGAGCGGAGAGACAAACCAGCUGGUAAGCAGUGACAAACGCCACUCUGUCUGUGUGCCAGUGACCGCAGUGUCUGUCGAUGCGGGGAGUUCCUGAUGUCGGCAUGCUACAGCCACCACUC